GAAGCAGCCCGUAUUUUAAGGAAAAAAAAAAUACACUGUGCCUAACAUAUCCAACCCAACAAAUAUGAAACCCAGGCUACCCAGGUCCCCUCACACCCAGAAAAAUCCCGUCCAAAACCAUCGCCUCCUCGUCCUCCUCCUCCUCCUUCCCCUCAAGUCCAGAAAAAUCAUCUUCAAAGCCUACGAUUUCAGCCAACGCUUUUGUUCUUCUUCGACGGCGACGCUCCCUCCACUUCGCCGCUGUUCAAGUCAUAUCGGUCCACUAUUCAAUCUCAGCCUCAACCUCGACGCUGCCCAACAACGCUUUGUUCCUUGCGGAAGCAAUUCGGUCCGUUUUGCAGCCCAACAGCAGCGGGAGCAGAACCAACAUCUCCUAUUAACAACAGCAGCAGCAGCAGGAGUCUACCACCGACACCACAACAACAGUGGCAGCAGUGGGUGGCGUCGAGGAAUCUUUCUGGCGAUGGUGGUUCUCAGUGGAUGGCGCCGAGUAAUCUGGCUUCUAUCGACGCUACCUGUUUCUUAUCUACUGCUGCUUUUUGCAUUGUCAGAAGCCUAUUCUAUAUUGGAGAGUGAGCUGACAUUCCUUCCUGAUGAUGCUGAUGCAGGUUCAAGGCCACCAUACACACUGCUUUCUAAAUCAUCCCAAGUAUUAAUUCAUGACAGUGAAUUUAAUUGUUGGCAGAUUUUACAUCUGUUUGGCGGGAUUUGGCUCGACAAUAAGAGAGCUGUCUAUGUCAGUCUCCUUGAAUUGAUAUGUGGAGUCCUUGUUGUGGUAAUUUCAAUAUACAAAAUGCAAUAUCAUCUCCGUUCAAUUCUUAUAAAAGGAUGUGUUUAUUGGGAAAAAUCAGUUAAACUAUUGUUUGUUUCAUGGUCAAGAUAAGACGCAUAAGCUGCACCAAGUGAGGAUGGAUACAUUCCAUCAAGGCUAACUAGGCAUGCAAUGGUAUAGUACUGUGCAACUAUUUCUCCCUUGUAUCUUCUUGAGUGAUGCUCUUUCUAACUGGAAUUUUUCAUUAUUAUGGAAUAAUGAUAGAUUUGAUGCAAUUAUAGGUGCCUCAUAACAUCAGUCAUCUCUUGUUGUUUACAAGAGUUUCAGUUUGAAUAUUCAUUCUUUUCACCAAUCAUGCAGUUUUCCUUUCCACAAAAGAUAUGGAUGCACCAACCAUUUCUAAUUUGAUUCACUAUUGAUAUCCCUACUGAAUUUCCUGUGCUUUUUUUAUUUUCAGGAUCAUAGCAUCAUACUACAGCUGUUGUUUUCAUCAGAAAAAGAUCUCGCAGUUUCACUUUGCUACUGUGGAUGGAGUUCAUUAUAACACUGCUGCCACUUGCUUGGGUAAUUGGGAACUUUGUGGCUUUCUCUACCGCCUAGAUUUUGAGGCUGGUAGGAUGGAAAAUGAGAGAUGAAAAGAAAAUGGCCAUCGCAGAACAUGAAGACCUCUGUAUUUGUUAUUAGUGAUUAGUGAUUACAGACUUUAGCUUUUGAUUCUUCAUGUACAUGUUUUGGUUUUCAGUUGAAUCCUCAGUUACAGGUAAGGUUCCGUCAUGUGGGAAAUCAGAGGGAUUGGAUGCAAAUCGUAUUCAUGGAAGAAAGUUAGAUUGACAUUAUACCCAUCAGAUUCCUCACUUCCAAGAGUCCUCCAAUUAAGUCAAACUGCCAUGAGAAUGAAUUCAUUGAUUUGCGCUUUAUGAGAAGCAAUAAUGACAUUUGUAUUUGUGUAGAUAGUAUUACAAUACAUGAUAAGAAGGGUGAAGACAACAGAUUGAGAAAAAUAUAUCAAAGGAAUGGUGAUCGUUACAUUCAAAUCCAUAUUCUCAUGUAUCUAUACAAGCAUGUAUUUAUUGGUGCAAUGUAUCAAUGGAUAGCGUUCUUCCAAUGGAAGAAUGAACUUUGAAAGCUAAACAGGUGGCACGUUGUGCUCCGCUGGUUCGCCGCGGUCAAUUAAGGUAUUGAGCAGAUUGAUUGCAUGGAAAGAGGCAUUGCGCUGCAACUUGCACCAUUCUUGGUAGGAGCUAUAUGCUGCUUUUGCAAAGCAACAAAACCAUAUGGCUAAAACGAUCCACCCAAACCAUGGGGCGAGAAUGAAUAGAAGCAAAAUGGUUGCAAGAGUUCCAAAUAAGAUGCUUAAGUUGCCCAUGAUUGCAUGGUAAAUAGAGUUUUGAAUUCGGAAUCUAAUUUCUGUCACCAAAGUUAGGACGUAGGCUAGAAUUGCCACAUAGAACGCAAUCAUGAUUCCACUCUGCAUAUCAAGUGGAGAGACUUUCGCUGAUUGAUAUUUGAUUUGUGCGAAAGUACACAAUACCAUAAUCAGAGAAAACUGAAUUCCGUGCAA